AUGUUGCAGUACCCAGUCCAGCUCCCCCCGCUCUCCCUGUCCUCCUCGAAACGCACCGCCGCACCCGGUCGAGACAGAGAUCUCGACGACCGUCGCAAUGGCCACUCCCGCCUCGCUCAGCUCGCCGUUCAUGACAGGAUCGUCGCCCCCCGCCCCCCUUCCCUCGCCAUAAGCCCCCUCUCCACCUCUAUCGCCCUCUCUCGCAACUCCUCCUCGUCCGUCUCCACCUACCCCUCCCCCCUUCCCUCCCCCAUCUCUACAACCCCCGCCAAACCGAUCCAUCGCUCUCCUCUCGUCUCCUCCUCUCGGCAGCUUCCCAGUCCCGUGCCUCGCUCGCCCCACCCCCUCCGUUCUGACUUGCCCUCGUUCGACACCCGGUCGAGCGGAGCCUCUUCGAUCUCUUCGUACAUCGUUGAUGUGCUUACUCAGGGUGACUUGGUAGGGGAAGGCUUGACCCUUCAGGGCGAGGUCAUCCAGCGGGUUCCGAUAAGCUCUUCUGAGCCGCGGGUCGACGAUGAUGAACCGGCGAAGGAGUUCGAGGUUGUCAGGAAGCUCGGUUCCGGCAGUUACGCUGUCGUUUACCUCGUGCGUGAGGUUCUCUCGCGUCCCCAGCCUUCGGACGACGGCCAUGCAAUCACUAUCGGUCGCAUGGACCUGGACGACGGAUCGCCCGGCAACCAGUCUACGGAGUAUGGCCGCGAAUAUGCUAUCAAAGUGCUCUCGAAAGCGAACCUUGACGAGGAAGCUUUGGAAGCCCAGCUAUUCGAGGCUACCAUACAUCAAUCGCUCCCCGCCCACCCUAACAUCGUCACUCUUCACCGCACUCUCGAGACCCCCUCUUUCUUGCUUCUUCUACUCGAGUUUGUCCCCGGCGAAGAUCUUUUUUACUUUCUCGAACAAGCUCGCGACCACUACGAAAUGGACCCAUCAAUGACCGACCUCUCAACCUCGCCCCCGGUUUCGGACUCAAGCUGCGCCUCCCGGACGCCACCCACGCCAAGUUUGCUGUCUUCCCUCAACCCAUCGCAACUGCUCUCGCGCACGCGCCUCCGCCUCAUCGCGUCCAUGUUCUCUCAGAUGUGUGAGGCGGUCGCUACCUGCCACGAGCACUCCGUUUUCCAUCGCGACAUCAAGCCCGAGAACUUUAUAGUCACGGACGGAUGGACUACGCUGCCCGACGGACGCUCGGAGCGUAAGGUCAUCGUCAAGCUCUCAGACUUCGGCCUGUCCACCACCGACGUUGAGUCAGCGGAUAUGGAUUGUGGCAGUGCUCCCUAUAUGAGUUUCGAGUGCCGGAAUAACAUACAUCCUACUUAUUCACCGCGAGCAGCCGACGUCUGGUCACUUGGUAUCGUGCUUAUCAAUAUGUUGUACCAUUAUAACCCCUGGACGGACACCACGCUAGGCGUGUGCUCGUCGUUCGAGCUUUACCGCCGGCAGCCCGUCAACUUUUUCAUGCAGCGCUUCACUGGCAUGACCUACCCCGUUGCGGAUUUCUUGGCCAGCAACGUGUUUUGCAUCCUGGACAGUGCGAAGGACGACUCCCAGCGCAUUUCCGCGCGCGCCUUCGGUGCUUGGAUAAAGGACCUCCCGAGCCUCCUUUGCCCUCCGAUGGUGCGCCCGGGCCACGUUCGCAAUGUCUCGAUCACCUCGGUGCAGGGUCAUCGCCUUUCCUCCAUCCCCCACUCCCGCCGCCCUUCGCUGCGCAACUCCGUUGUUGGCGAGGUUAUCUCCCGUCGUGCUUCCCGCAACUUCUCUCGUGCGCCCUCCCUCGGGCCUGCGUAUGAGCAUCAAGCGCUCGAUAGCCCGAUCAUGCUUCCGCCGGUCCUUGACCGCGAGAACGAGCAGGAGAUUGCCCUCACGGAGCAUGAUAAUGACCAUCACGACCAAGAUCAGGACGGAGAAAGCGAAGUUGGCUCGCGUUCCGCUUCUACACAGAAGCGGCGCAAGCGAGGGGCGCGCAAGGGUAAGGGUUCAGCGAUGUCCCCGACCACCCCCGCCUCCGCGCACGAUGCAACGCUCGAGACCCUCGCGCACGCCUCCCAGGCCCUCGCGCGCGAGAUUUCGCGUACGUCACGCCACUCUCAAGUCCCCGCUCUCUCCACCGGCUUCGACUCUGUGCGCACACACUCCGCCAAUGCUCACCCGAUGCCGUAUCCUGUCUCGCCCAACCCGGCGUUGCCGCCGCUUUCGCUCCUUAAUGCUUCUGUUCCUCUUUCCAUCCCGCCCCCUGGUUCCGCAGCACCGUCGAUUUCGAAGAAGCCGUCCAAGUGGAAGCUCUCCUUCGGCAAGGCGAGCGUCGCUUCGGGCAACAAGCUCGCUGUCUCCGAGGAAGCAUCGGUGCCCUCUGAGGCGCCGACAGGCAAGCAGAUGUCUGCGACCGCAAGCAACGUCACGAGUCUGCUCAUGAGUCUCAACGCACCGCCGCCCCCGUCGUCGAAGACUGCGCCGGCGCCCGCCUCGCAUCUCGUUGACCGUGACGAUGAUGCUGCGUCGUGGAAUCGUGGUCGUCGCCCGAAGCAGGCGACGGUUAGCCCCAAUGGCACUGCUACGUGGGGCCCGUCUUCUGGUUCUCCCUUUGGACCGUCGCGCGGGAGCCCGGAGCGGCGCUACCCUGGACAGCAGGGAACCAGCGGAGACAAGAGGUCGGAGCGUGGCAUCUCGCCCUCGAGUACCCGGAGCGGCCGUCCGCUUGCCUCGAGCGCGAGCUCGAUGGCUUCGAGCAACUGGCGCAGCUCAAUGUCGAGCGCAGGGACAUCCACAUCGGCGUUCACCCGGUACAGCAACAACAGCGCACGCAGCGUGUCCACAGCAGCGACGAGCGUUUCUGCUCAGAGCUGGCGCAGCCAGGGCAGCAAGGCAUCCCACGACCAAAACGGCGCUCCCAUGCCGGCGAACGUCAAGUUUAUCACCGGCACGCCGUGGGAGUUGUACCAGCUGCCGCGACAGAUGUACCCCAACCCGGACGACGCGAAGUUUGGGGGCCCACCCGCCCGCAAGCGCCGCGCGAACAAGCCGAAGGACCUCACGCUGGACACUAUCAACGAGCGCCCCGCACCGAACCCCAAGUCGCCGCUCGGCCAACGCCAGGACGCGGCGACGAGCACCACCGAUCUCGGCCCUGCGGACAGCGGGGAGAGCAUUGGCUCGCAGGAUGGUUCGCCGCGCAAGGUGCAGAAGGGCCAGAUCAAUGCGCUCGCGAAGAUGCUGUCUGCGUUGCGUCGGUGA